AUGAAGUUUACGAACUCGCAUACUAAGUAGUUGCCGGACUAUCAAUUAUAAAUCAAAAUUACAAUCUGCAGUGAUAUAAUAAAGAGGAAAAUCUGUAUGUUUGUUCGUAAUGAAUAGUCUCAAAAUUUACUAGAUCAAUUUUAAAAAAGAAAGCUUCAUUAUCCACUAGUAACACAGGCUAUAUUUUAUUUUGGAAAAAAUUAAAUUCCGUAAAAUAUUUGGGUUUUUCGAACACAAUGUGUAAUAACACAACCAGAAAAGAUACUUAUUUUGCGUACGCUGCCUUACUAUAAAAUAUAAAACAAAAACAAUCUACAAAACAGUCCGCGACAGACUAUACCUAUCUAUGUCGAGUGAGAUACAACAACCAUUUUUUUAUUUAAAAAUUUUGAAUUUUUUUAGACUAUAUUUAAGGCGUUUAUUUACUCAUGCUAUUAAUCUUUAUCUAAAUAAAUUUCAUCACUUAGUACAGUUUAUGUAGAUAAUAUUUGGUCUUUGAAUGAUUAAAAUUAGACGCUUAAUUUUGAAGUUAGGGCGAAAUUUAAUUUUUGGCGAUGCCACUGGCGGAAAGCUAGAAUUUAAUAAAUAUGAAUUUAUUGAUGCUAAUUCCGAAAGAACAGUUUAAAGUUAAUUCCCAUCCCAAAAAUUAACUGUCUAAUUAAUCUGAUUUUUAGCCAGUAACAUAGUGGUUUGAAUUUUUUUAGAUUUAAUAAAAUAUGAUAGUGAAAAAUGCUUAAUGCUUUCUUUUGUCGACAGGUUUUAUGUGCGCGUGACGGUAACAUGAGCACAAACAACAAACGGCGUGGAAGAAGCGGUUCCAGAUCUUCAGUGACUGGAGUGCCCGCUCUCGUAAAAGCCCCGACCGCAAUGUCCGCUGCUCUCGCAUCUCUAUUUGAGUGUACAGUUUGUUUCGAUUUUAUCUUACCUCCAAUAUUGCAAUGUGCGAGCGGGCAUCUCGUCUGCUCCAGUUGCCGACCGAAGCUGUCAUGCUGCCCCAGCUGCCGUAGGCGCCUCGGUUACAUACGAAACCUUGCCAUGGAAAAAGUUGCUAGGUAUAUCAUGUUCCCAUGUAAACAUUCUAAUACUGGUUGUACUGCCACUCUUGUGUACACAGAAAAAGCGGAACACGAAGAAGCUUGUAAAUUCAGAAAAUACUCAUGUCCUUGUCCAGAAGCACCAUGUAAGUGGCAAGGUGGAUUGGAUCAAGUGAUGCCCCAUCUAACGAUGUCUCAUAAAAGUAUCGAAACCCUGCAGGGAGAAAAAAUUGUGUUCGUAGCCACCGACAUUAACUUGCCAGGCACAGUCGACUGGGUUAUGAUGCAGUCUUGUUUCAACCGCCAUUUUAUGUUAGUACUAGGAAAACAAGAGGAAUUUGAUGGACAUCAGCAAUUUUUUGCUAAAGUACUACUUAUAGGGACACGCAAAGAAGCAGAAAAUUUUGCGUAUCGAUUGGAAUUAAAAGGACAUCAUCGUCCUCUUAUCUGGGAAGCGAUAUCUAGAUCCAUUGAUGAGAAAGAUGAUGAAGCUUUGCUGAAUUCUGACUGUCUCGUAUUUGAUACCUCUCUUGCACAACAAUUUGCUGACAAUGGGAAUCUUCGAAUAAAUGUAACAAUAUCAAUCGCUUUGUCAAAAAAUAGACAUAUUCAUGCCUCAAAGAAGUAAUAUACCUCAUUGUUAUGCCUGUGAUAUUUAUAAUCAAACUUGUGUAAAUACAGUUGACACCUCAUUAGGUUAGUACUGAAACCAUAAAUUUCUGCAAUAGAUAUAAAGCAGGUCAAUUUGGCUUAUGUUUACGUUAUAAUCAAUCGCAUUCAAAUACUUAGUCUUUGUACUAUCUACCUAAAGUUCUGGUGUGUACUGGUCUUUGUUAAUAACCUGAUGUGUUUUCUAAAGAAAAAUAUUACCUUUAAAAGAAAUUCAAUUUUAAUUUAA